GGGGGAACAACCGAACAACUAGCAUCAUUUUGUUGGUGUAUUGAUUGAUUCAUAUAUUCAUACUUGACCUUCUCUCUUUCUCAAUCUGUUACCCAUUUCGAACAUAACCCCAAAUUUCGCAGAGAAAAUAUCUCCCCUACCCAUCAAGCUAUGACGGCUUCUUCUGGUGUGGACAGCAAAAGCGUUCUCUGUGGAAUUGCUCCAGUGGAAGCAGUGCUCUUUGAUAUUGAUGGAACUGUAUGUGAUUCAGAUCCAAUUCACCAUGCUGCCUUCCGUGAAAUGCUUCAAGAGAUAGGUUUCAAUGGAGGGGUUCCCAUUACUGAGGAUUACUAUAUUGAGAAUAUUGCUGGUAAGCACAAUGACGAUGUUGCCAGGCUACUUUUUCCUGAUGAUUUUGAACGAGGCAUAAAGUUCACAGAUGACAAGGAAGCCAUGUUUCGUAGAUUGGUUGGAGACAAAUUGAAGCCUGUGAGUGGUCUCGAUAAAGUGAGGAAAUGGGUUGAAGAUCGUGGAUUGAAACGAGCUGCAGUUACUAAUGCUCCCAGACCAAAUGCUGAACUAAUGAUCUCCAUCCUUGGCCUCUCAGAUUUUUUCCAAGCUGUUAUUCUUGGGAAUGAGUGCGAGCAUGCCAAACCUCAUCCAGAGCCCUACUUGAAGGGCCUUGAAGCAAUCAAGGCAUCAAAAGAACACACUUUUAUCUUUGAGGAUUCUGUUUCGGGGAUCAAAGCUGGAGUUGCAGCUGGUAUGCCGGUUAUUGCGUUAACCACCGGAAAUCCAGAACACAUAUUAAUGGAAGCAAAACCCUCCCUUAUUAUCAAGAACUAUGAUGAUCCAAAAUUGUGGGCAGUACUAGAAGAGCUUGAUAAGAAGAGUGGCACUAGUGGUGCUUAAAGGUAUAAAUAGCAAAUUCAUAGUACGCUCAAAGGCAGGCUUAAAUAAUUAAGUUGCUCCAUAUAGAUUCACCUGUGGCUGCUAUUUCCGGGAUGCUGUAUUAUUCAUCACUGUUCAUUCAAUCAUAAAUUUUAAGUAGCUUUUUGUGGCUACAUCAGAACAUG